AUGUCCGGAAACAUCGAAAAGGAGCAGGGCGAGUCGCCCGUUAGCCCCACGGAGGCACCGGAAAAGAAGAAGAGGGAGUACAAGGAUUUUGGCCACGAAGAGGCAAAAGCGACUCACGCAAAUGUCGACAUGUCCACUAUCGAACUCAAGGCCGAGGACUUGUACGAUAAGGAGAAAGUCGACCUAGAGACGAUUCUCAUUGAGGACGUGUUCACGCUAUUGCAGUGUGACGAAAAUGGUUUAUCGGAAGACGAGGCUAAACGCCGUCUUGAGCUUUUCGGUCCCAACAAACUGGAGUCGGAAGAACAGAACGCUUUCCUCCAGUUCUUGUCGUUCAUGUGGAAUCCUCUGUCCUGGGUCAUGGAAGCUGCUGCUUUGGUCGCCAUCGCUCUAUCCAAUGGAGAAGGUCGUGCACCUGAUUGGCCGGAUUUCGUCGGAAUCGUCCUACUUUUGUUGAUCAACUCCGGUAUCGGCUUCUACGAGGAACGCAACGCUGGUAACGCUGUUAAGGCCCUCAUGGAGUCGUUGGCUCCAAAGGCCAAGGUCAAGCGCGCUGGUACGUGGAAGGAAAUCGAAUCGUCGGACCUUGUCCCUGGUGACAUGGUCUCAUUCAAAAUUGGUGAUAUCGUUCCCGCCGACUGUCGUCUCACUGAGGCCAUCAAUGUCUCUAUCGAUCAGGCCGCUCUCACCGGAGAGUCUCUCCCGCAAUCCAAGAAAACGGGGGAUCAAUGUUUCUCUGGUUCCACCUGUAAACAGGGUGAAGCUGAAGGUGUCGUUAUCUCUACUGGAGCAAACACCUUCUUCGGACGUGCUGCAUCAUUAGUCGGCCAAGACGAUGACACAACUGGUCACUUGCAGAAGAUUCUCGCCCAAAUUGGGUCUUUCUGCUUGGUCGCUAUCGGUAUCUUCGUUGUCGCUGAAAUCCUCGUCCUCUAUGCCGGCUUCCGCUUCACAUACCGUCGCGGUCUCGACAACUUGCUUGUGCUCUUGAUUGGUGGUAUCCCCAUUGCUAUGCCCACCGUCUUGUCUGUCACCCUCGCUGUUGGUGCUCAACAACUCGCCAAGCACAAGGCUAUCGUCACCCGUAUCACCGCCAUUGAAGAAUUGGCUGGUGUCACCAUCCUUUGCUCCGACAAAACUGGUACACUUACCACCAACAAGCUUACCAUCGACAGGAAUACUAUCCGCACCUACGGUCCUUUCUCUGCUGAGGAUGUUAUCCUCCUUGCUGCCUACGCUUCCCGAACUGAGAACCAGGAUGCUAUUGAUGCAUCCGUUGUCCAGGCUAUUGGUGACACUUCCCGUGCUCGCGCCGGCAUCAAGCUUCUCGAUUUCAAGCCAUUCAACCCCGUCGACAAGCGUACUGAAAUUACCUACCGCGAAGAGUCGACUGGCAAGCUAAAGCGUGUCACCAAGGGUAUGACUGGUAUCAUCAUCGAACUUUGCACACGUAACAAGACCGAAGAAAUCGAGAACCGCCUCGAAGCCGACGUCGAAGAGUUCGCCACCCGCGGUCUUCGUGCACUCGCUGUGGCGUUCGAGGAAGUUGAGGGAGAUGACUUUGAGGCUGAGGGUAACGGAUUCGAACUGAUUGGUCUCCUCGCUAUCUUCGACCCUCCCCGUGACGACACUAAGCAGACCAUCGACGAUGCUCUUUCCCUCGGUGUCAAGGUCAAGAUGGUUACUGGUGAUCAGCUCGCUAUCGCAAAGGAAACCGGUCGCCGCCUUGGUAUGGGUGACCACAUGUACCCCGCUAAGGUGCUCAAGGACGGACCCGCUCCCGGCAGCAAACACGCCAACCUCGACGAGAUGAUCAUGGAUGCCGAUGGUUUCGCGGGUGUCUUCCCCGAACACAAGUACGAAAUCGUCAAACGUCUGCAAGCCCUCGGUCACCUUUGCGCUAUGACUGGUGACGGUGCCAACGAUGCUCCUGCUCUGUCCCGCGCCAACGUCGGUAUUGCCGUCGAAGGUGCUACUGAUGCCGCUCGUGGUGCUGCUGAUAUCGUCCUUACCGAGCCCGGUCUCUCAACCAUCGUUCACGCCAUUCGCGGGUCCCGAGUCAUCUUCCAACGUAUGCGUAACUACUCUAUCUACGCUUGCGCUGUCACCAUCCGUAUCGUCGUCUGCUUCGCCAUCCUCGUCUUCGCCUACAAGUUCGAGUUCCCUCCAUUCAUGGUUCUUAUCAUUGCUCUGCUCAACGAUGGUACCAUCAUGACUCUGUCUGUCGAUCGCGUGCUCCCUUCGAUGACACCAGACAGUUGGGAUCUUGCUGAAAUCUUCGCCUACGCUGUUGCCUACGGUCUCUACUUGACUCUUUCGACUGUCAUCCUCGUCAUUGUCAUCAUGGAGACAACCUUCUUCCAGGACAAGUUCGGUGUUGCUCUCGACAAUGCUCCCGGAACUCGCCCGGAUCCCAACGACAGACAAUUGCACAUGGUUGUUUACCUCCAAGUCGCUAUUAUCUCGCAGGCUUUGAUCUUCGUUACUCGUUCCCACGGAUUCUUCUUCAUGGAGCGUCCUUCCGCAGCUCUUUUCGGUGCAUUCUGCAUUGCCCAACUCGUCUCUUCCAUCAUUGCUGCCUACGCCAACUGGGGCUUCACCAGCAUCCGUGCUAUCUCUGGUGGAUGGAUAGGUAUUGUCUGGGUUUGGAACAUCGUUUGGUUCAUUCCUCUCGAUUGGAUCAAGUUUGCCAUGAAAGCCACCGUGAUCAAGUAUCUCCGCCAACGUCACGAGCGCAAGCAGGCCGAGAUGGUCAAGCAGACCGGCCUCGAAGUCCACCGUACCCAAUCCCGCGCCGCCUCGAUCCACGAGUCUUUGUACUCGAAUCGUGUCUCUUUCAUCAAGCGGGUGUCUCGCAAGGUUGGCUUUGGUGGAAAGAUUACCAUGAAGCCCGAAGAGCUGCAACGAUUCAGCAGCAUACAAGCUCAACGCGUUGGCCAGACGCUGGCACGCAACCCCAGUCGCACUGCAUAA